GGUGUGUACUGCGUGCCGGCUUUAGGUUUCCGGUGUUAUGGCGAUCUGCUGUGUGUCUCAACGCCUCAGUGCCGAGGAAAGCAGCUCCAAAUUCAGAGUGCUGUUAAGGGAGUUAAAUAUCCCCACACGUCUGUAAUUCUGACUAUGCUGCUGUUGGUAGCAUUGGGCAUAGUUGUUUCAUCUUUUGUCACCACUGAGAAGGCUGAGACCAACCAAAAACCGUGUGCUCCACGACUCAACUACAGCACCGUGUCACUGCCACCGGAGCACAUUCCAUACUUCCUCCACAACAACAAGAGGGUCGCCAAGCGAUGCUGCCUCGACCCAAUCUGCCCUUUUAAAGAUGUACUACAGGAUGUGUCUGCCUGCUGGGGUUAUGAGAAGGACUGUGAUCCAGUGAAACGUUUCAGCUACCCCAUCUGCACUAAAGCCGACUCUGGAUGGGCUCAUUCUAUAGAGGCUGCCCAGGAGCUUUUCUGGAAGCAGGCUGAUUUUGGCUAUGUCAAGGAGCGCCUCGCUGAAAUCAAAACACUGUGCAAGGCUAACAAGCCAGGAGACUCAUCAUUGAAAUGCAGCAGCCAUGCUCGAUACUGUAAGGCCACUAACCUUUAUUUGGACUUGCGGAAUCCUCGCAGAAGUCACGAGAGAUACAAGGAGGACUUCAUUCAGAAGGGUGAGGUUGGUGGUCAUUGCAUACUGUACAAGCAAACCCUUGCUGCUCAAGGAGAGCACAAGAGUCCUCUACAGUCUUGGUAUUCGGAGCUGCAGACUUACACACAGCUGCCCUUCCAUCCAAUAGAGGAUAAACACUGUGAUGUUAUUAUUGAGAAACCCACAGUGUUCAUGAAGCUGGAUGCUGGUGUGAACAUGUACCACCAUUUCUGUGAUUUUGUCAACCUCUACAUCUCUCAGCACAUUAACAACUCCUUCAGCUCAGAUAUCAACAUUGUUAUGUGGGAUACGAGCUAUUACAGUUAUGGAGAUUUAUUCAGUGAAACUUGGAAGGCCUUCUCAGAGUAUGACAUCAUCCAUUUAAAGACCUUUGACACACAAAGAGUCUGUUUCAAAGAUGUUUUCUUCUCUCUCCUCCCAAGAAUGAGAUAUGGCCUAUUUUACAACACACCUCUUAUCUCAGACUGUUACAGUGAAGGGAUGUUUAGGGCGUUUUCCCAACAUGUCCUCCAUCGGCUGAACAUCUCACAGAAUGGGCCCAAGGAGGGCUGUGUUCGUGUCACCCUGCUGGCUCGCAGUACAGAAUACAGAAGGAUAUUAAACCAAGUGGAGCUGAUAAAUGCCCUCAAGACCAUGCCUUUACUGGAGGUCAAUGUCGUGGACUACAAAUACAAGGAUGUCCCCUUUUUGGACCAGCUGAGGAUCACUCACAACUCUGACAUCUUUAUCGGGAUGCACGGGGCUGGUCUUACCCACCUCCUUUUCCUUCCUGACUGGGCUGUCAUCUUUGAGCUAUAUAAUUGUCAGGACGAGAGCUGCUAUCGAGAUUUGGCUCGGCUGCGGGGCAUUCGAUACGUGACUUGGCAGAAAAUGGACAAAGUGGUCCCACAGGACAAGGGUCACCAUCCCACCCUUGGGGCCCAUCCAAAGUUUACCAACUACUACUUUGAUGUGGAGGAGUUCAUGCGCCUGACGCUGGAGGCAGCCAAUCAUGUCACACACCAUCCCAAAUGGCAGCGUCGUUCCCCCCAUGACGAACUCUAGGCCUCAUAAGAGUGAGGGGGGGGGGGGGGGGCAGUGCAGACAUCUAGCUGUGAAAAAUAUCUUUAGGUAUGACUGUUUCACAGCUGCCUACAGACACGAAGAAGUGUUUUGUUGUCAUUAUCUGACAUCCUGAUAUUGGCGGUGUAAUUCGCAAGUGCUGUUUAUCAUUGAAGUUACCUCAUCCACCGGUGGGAUCUCAUUGGUCCUGCAGAGUAUUUGUCACUUUCCAGUCUGAAGGGCCUCUGCCAGCACUGAUUUGAUCAGUCUGCAUGAGUCUACGGAGGACAACUUCCACCACUUUCAUUAAUGUCAAAUCAGUGAAAGGACAAGUUGUGUACUGCUGAUAAGAUGUAUCCUAUGUUUCUUCAUUACCGCUGCUACGUCGACUUCAUUCUGAGUUGACAAAGUUAAUGAGCAGCUUUUACGGCGACCCUUCACAUGCAACGUCUUGUCACAUUUGAUCAGCGUCACCUUGUCGUGAACCUCUUCUGAGCUGCUGACAAUCACCCACGAGUUCUGAGCGCGUCCAGUGUACAACGCAACAUGGCAACACUUACAGGCUGGAGUCAUGCUCAUGCUUGGCAGUUAAGGUAUUAUUUUUUUUAAUUUACAUUAAUCACAAACACUUUUAAGUCUUAAACAAGAAGAGGUAGUAAAGCAUGGUCGGCACUGUUGUUGCCAAAAGGCAUUUUCAAUUUGAUCAGUAUUAUGCAUUUGUUUGCACGAUUGUGUUUUCAUACAAGUUAUUUUAAAAACUUUGAAAGCACAAUUGUUAAACUAAACAGUAAGAAUGUAUUGGCCCAGUACCAAAACCCACUUGCACUGCCAUGUUUGUUGUUACAUUUUGAAAAGGUGUCAAAGUUUUGAUUGUACCAGUGAUGUGUGUAGAUGUAAAACAGGUCUGUUUUCUGUUAUUAUGCCUAGUGUCUGUUUAUCUCAACUGUAAAUUGUGAGGAAAAAAAACAAGGUUAAGUUAUUUAAUGGUCCAUCAUACUAUGAACCAUACAGUUGCAGACAUUCAAAGGUUUAAAUUCACCCGAGCAAAAUCUUUCAAACUCAAUUUUCCCAACUGCACAUAUUCCUUUUUUUCCAAACAUGUUUUAAGUACAUUAGUAUGCCUACUUUAUUUCCAUAUAUAGUUAUUCAGUAAUAAUAAUUACAAGAUAGAGUUCUUUCUGUUUUUAUUUGCAGAUGUGUCACCAUAAAUUCCCCAAGAUAAAUGUCUGUUCAAACAACUCAGGAUGUUUCCAAAUUUACUGGAAUUAUUUCUUGACGCCUCUCAGCAGGGGUGGUGGCCAAGUGGUUAGUACGCUUGGUUUCAGUGCAGGAGGUUAUGGCUUCAAACCCCAUCUCUGUAAUUAUGGAGUUGUCAGGAAGGGCAUCCGGCCAAAACUUGUGCCAAAUCAACAUGCAGAUCCAUCUUGGAUCUUCUGUGGUGACCUCGAGUGAAAGGAAGCAGCUGAAGGUACUUACUAUUUGUGAAAGACUGUCAUAAUUUGGGCUAAUCAGGGAACCUUUAGCUGUAUUUAAAGGCUGACACAAAGAACCAGUGACUUCUUGUUUUGAAGAGCAGUAAAAAAAAAUUGAAGAAUUAAAGCAAGGCUUCAGAAUUUUGGAUCUCCACAAGUCAGGUUGUUUUUCGGGCGGCAUUUCCAAAUCAUGCAUGAUACUGUGAUACCAACUGUACAGUCUGUUAUGCAAAAAUAUCAGAAACUUAGGACUCUACCGAUCAUAUAACUGAGGAAGGAGGUCCAAAUUAGCACCCAGGAAUAAAAAUACUUUUGUUGGUCCAAGAAAUUAUUAGGGUUACUGUUAAGCAAUUGAUGGAGUUGGCUGCAUCAUAUAAAAAUGUGACAUCAUCAGGGAUUAAAGUUCUCCGCUGCUACAGUGGAUUGUGGUUUUUAAUUUUAUCAAAGAAUGAUGUAGGUUGUGUUAUCAAUUUUGGUUAAAGGCAAAGAAAAGGUGAAAAUACAAAUACAACACACAUUAAGCAGUACAACUUAGGGUAAUGGGGUGAGAAAAUAGUCUUCAAAAAAAACUUUCAGAAUGCAUCCCUGGACAUCAAAAACCUGAGCCUUGAGCAGCCCCCAGACCCCCUGC